AUGAUUCUGAGCGGUGCAGUGAUAAUACACCAAGGGAUGCUGGCCUGUCAUCUGAUCCACAGCUACACGCCAUUCAGGUGCCUCCUGGUUGGUCCGGGGGGGGGCUCCACUGGUUGUUCCUCUCCCAAGGGGGUUUUACUCCUGGAGAUAGUGCAGCUGACAGCGGUGCAAGGCCCGCAAAGCCUUUGCCAUUCUCCAGAACAGCUCUGGCCCAAAUAUGCCACCUUCAAAUGA